GAUAGGGGGUAUUUGGCUGCGGGGGCUCCAGGUUCGGAUCCGGCACUGAUGUUAAUGGAGCCCCCACCAGAGCACCCGGCCCCUCUGCAAGACGAGGGAGAAGCCGCCAAAGCCGAGGAGCAGCGGCAAAGCGAGGAGCUGCUGAAACAGACGGCAGCCGAGAGGCGGAAGAUCGUCUGGGAGUGGCAGGAGCUGCGAGGGUUUCUGGAGGAGCAGGAGCAGCGGCUGCUGUCCCGGCUGGAAGAGCUCGAGAGAGCCAUUGCCCAGAGAAGGGAUGAGGGCGUCUGCAGCCUGUCCCGGGAGAUUUCCCUGCUCAGCGAGAGAGGAGGAGACGAGGGGCAGCGGCCGCCGAGCCAGUCCCUGCAGGCUGCCGGGAGCCCUGGGAGCAGGGAGGACGGGGCGUUUCCGAAGCCGGAGCCGGGGUUUGCAGAGCUGGAGAAGAGACUCUGCAAUUUCUCUCUGCAAAGCGCCCACCUGCAGGAGGUGCUGCUGGGAUUCAAAGAGACGCUGCGACUGGAGCUGGGGAGCGACACAGGCUGCAGAACGACAUCCGCCUUUCCCUCCGGAUGGGCCCAGCCUCCCAGGGGAUGGGGAAGGGAAUCGGCUGCCGGGGAGCUGGCUGAGGGGCCGGUGACCUUCGAGGAGGUGGCUGUGGAUUUCACCAGGGAAGAGUGGGCUCUGCUGGACCCCGCUCAGAGAGCUCUCUACAGAGCCAUUAUGCAGGAGAACUAUGAGAAUGUGACCUCACUGGGGUUUCCACUUUCCAAACCUGAGGUGAUGUCCCAGCUGGAACCAGGGGAAGAGCUGUGGGUCUCAGAUCUCCAGGGCUCGGAGGGAAGAGAGAUCCUGACAGGAACCUGCCCAGGUGGUGGGACAGUGAGUGAGAACAAGGAGCAGAAUCUAAAGCAGGAAGAUGCUGAGCAUAUGGACCUGCACGGGGGAUUAUCAGAAAGAACUCAAGGGAACGUGCCCAGGAGUCGUGAGGAAAGGCAGCAGGGAAACCAGGCAGGGGAAAACAUGGGUAAAUCCAUCAGUUGUGAGGAAAAUCACAAGGACCUCAAGGAAACCACAGCUCAGCAGAAAAUCCUCACAGGAAAGAGAAAAAACCUAUGCACUGAGUGUGGGAAAACCUUUCCUGGGCGCUCUCACCUUAUUAUGCAUCAGAAAAUUCACACAGGAGAAAGACCCUACGCAUGCUGUGAGUGCGGGAAAACCUUCAGUCGAAGCUCACAUCUUAUCAGACAUAAGAAAAUCCACACCGGAGAGAGACCAUAUGAAUGCGGGGAGUGCGGGAAAACCUUCUCUGUGCGUUCACACCUCAUUAUACAUCAGAGGAUCCACACAGGAGAGAGACCCUACGCGUGCUGUGAGUGCGGGAAAACCUUCACGCGAGGCUCCCACCUUAUCAGACAUCAGAGAACCCACACCGGCACCAGGCCCUAUGAAAUCUGGUUUCCACUUUCCAAACCUGAGGUGAUGUCCCAGCUGAAACCAGGGGAAGAGCCGUGGGUCUCAGAUCUCCAGGGCUCGGAGGCAAGAGAGAUCCUGAUAGGAAUCUGCCCAGGAGAUGGUGGGAUGGUGAGUGAGAAGAAGGAGCAGAACCCAGAGCAGGAAGAUGCUGAGCACAUGGAAAUGAAUGGGGGAUCAUCACAAAGCACUGAAGGGGACGUGUCCAGGAGUUGUGAAGACGAGCAGCAGGGAAACCAGCCAGGGGAGGAAGUAGGUCAAUCCAUCAGUUGUGAGGAAAAUCACCAGGAAACCAUGUCCCAGAAGCGAAUCCUCAUGGGAGAGAGAGAAAACAUGUGCCCCGACUGUGGGAAAACCUUCCCUUGGCGCUCCCACAUUAUUGAACAUCAGAGAAUUCACACGGGAGAGAGACCCUACGCAUGCUGCGAGUGCGGGAAAACCUUCAUUCGACACUCACAUCUUCUUAGACAUCGGAGAAUCCACACAGGAGAAAGACCCUAUGGAUGCUGCGAGUGCGGGAAAACCUUCACUCGACGCUCACACCUUAUUGAACAUCAGAUAACCCACGGAGGCUCAAGCCCCUAUGAAUGCUGUGAGUGCAGGAAAACCUUCACUCGACGCUCACACCUUCUUAGACAUCAGAUAACCCACGGAGGCUCAAGCCCCUAUGGAUGCUGCGAGUGCGGGAAAGCCUUCACUCGACGCUCACACCUUAUUAGACAUCAGAGAACCCAUGCUUGCCAGGAGCCCUAGGAAUGCUGUGACGAUAGAAAAAACUUUUCUGUUUGAUCAGCCCUUAUUAAUCGUCAGACAAUCCAGAAAGGAGAGAGACGACCCUGUGAAUGUUAAGUAUCAGAGGGGUAGCCGUGUUCGUUUGGAUCUGUAAAAAGCGACAAAGAGUCCUGUGGCACCGUAUAGACUAACAGGCGUAUCGGAGCAUAAGCUUUCGUGGGUGAAUACCCACAUUGC